AUGGAGCAGAUGCUACACAAGGCCGUACUGAUCGAGCAACAAGUCAAGAGAAAGGGUCUCACUAAACCGACAUUUGCUUCUAAACCGACCUUUGCUUCCAAGCCAAACUAUCAAGACAAAGGUAAGUCUUCUUCCACAACAAAUCCAGCUUUUAAGACUAAUGUCCCUGCUCGUGUUGAUAGAGAAGAGGCUACCAAACGAACCAGAGACAUCCAAUGCUUUAGGUGUCAUGGCCUUGGCCACUAUGCCAACCGAUGUCCAAACCACAAGGUGAUGGUGCUCUUGGAGAAUGGAGAAGUCGAAUCUGAAGAAGACAAGGAGGAUCUCGGACCAGUGUAUGAUGAUGAUGAUGAGGAAAAAGCACUUGACUUCCCGGUUCAUGGUCCCCUUCUUGUUACUAGGAAGGUCUUGGACGACACCACUGAUCCCAUCUUUGAUGAGGAGGUCGAUGGAGUGAUCGAUGAGUUUUGCUCGACCUUUGUGGAGAGUUCUGAUCCGAUCUAUGAUGAGGAUGCUCUUGAUGAGCCGAGCCAUGGUUCACUAAUGGUUACUAGGCGUGCCUUGAGUGUCCAACCAAAUCCAAUGACAAAUGAUGAGCCGAGCCAUGGUUCACUACUGGUUACUAGGCGUGCCUUGAGUGUUCAACCAAAAUCCAAUGACAAAGAACAAAGGGAGAAUCUCUUUCACUCUAGAUGUCUCAUUUCUGAUAAAAAACUUGGGCUUGUUACUCGGCCUCUUUCUCGUCCUUUCAGGUUGGAGUGGCUCAAUGAGGCCGGAGAACAGUAUGUGAAGGAGCAAGUCACGAUUUCACUCUCCAUUGGCCGAUAUGAGGAUGAGGUUGUGUGCAAUGUGCUUCCCAUGGAUGCUUGCCAUGUUCUCUUGGGCCGGCCUUGUCAAUUUGACAAGAAGGCAGUGCAUGAUUGUUUCACAAACCGGCACUCAUUUGAUCAUAAGGGAAAGAAGAUCACCUUGGUACCUUUGUCGCCUUCGGAAGUCCAUCAAGACCAGGUCCAACUUAAGAAGAACCGAGACCAAGACUCUAGAGCUGAUAAACCUGAGACCAGUACUAGAAACUCCAACUUCUUUGUCAAAGAAAGUCAGGAUUAUUCUGAUGUGUUUCCAGAAGAAAAUCCCAAAGGAUUGCCACCGGUGAGAGAUCAUGUGGUCAUUCUAGGUUUUGUUGUAGGUGCAGAUGGCUUGAGAGUGGACGAGCAGAAGGUCCAAGCAAUCCGGGACAGGCCAAUUCCGACCACCAUUGGUGAAGUAAGAAGCUUCCAUGGCCUUGUCGGUUUCUAUAGGCGAUUUGUUCAAAACUUCAGUACCUUGGCUGCUCCUCUUACUGAAGUAAUCAAGAGGAACGUGGGGUUCAAAUGGGGACCAGCUCAGGAAGAAGCAUUCAAAAUCCUUAAAGGGAAGUUGACUCACGCCCCUUUACUUGUACUUCCAGAUUUUUCUAAAGCUUUUGAAAUCGAAUGUGAUGCUUCUAGUGUUGGUAUUGGUGCUGUGUUGAUGCAGGAUGGAAAACCACUCAACAAGAGGCAUGCUCGUUGGAUGGAGUUCAUUGAGACAUUCUCUUAUGUGAUCAAGUACAAACAAGGCAAGGAGAAUGUUGUGGCCGAUGCAUUGUCUCGAAGGGAAGCUCAUGGAGGUGGGCUUAUGGGACACUUUGGUGUCAAGAAGACUUACAAGGCGGUUCAUGACCAUUUCUACUGGCCGAGUCUGAUGAAAGAUGUUGUGAGGAUCUGUAGCCGAUGUGUGGUGUGUAAGAAGUCUAAGCCUAAAGCAUCACACCACGGUUUGUACUCAGCCCUACCCAUUCCCUCUCAUCCUUGGGUAGACAUUUCUAUGGAUUUUGUGCUUGGUUUGCCUAGGUCUAAAGCUGGACGAGAUUCUAUCUUUGUGGUUGUUGAUAGGUUCUCGAAAAUAGCUCAUUUCAUUCCUUGUCACAAAACUGAUGAUGCUGUGCAAGUUGCAGAUUUAUUCUUUAAGGAAGUUGUUAGAUUGCAUGGAAUGCCUAAGACCAUUGUCUCUAAUCGUGAUGCUAAGUUCCUUAGCUAUUUUUGGAAGACCUUGUGGUCUAAGCUAAGUACUAGAUUGAUGUUCUCUACAACUUGUCAUCCACAAACUGAUGGACAAACUGAAGUAGUUAACCAAACUUUGUCUGCUUUGCUUAGAUCUUUGGUUAAAAAGAAUCUUAGGACUUGGGAAGAAUGUUUGCCUCAUGUUGAAUUUUCUUAUAACCAUGCUUUGCAUUCAGCUACUAAGUUUUCUCCUUUUGAGGUUGUUUAUGGAUUUAAUCCCUUGACUCCACUUGAUCUUUUACCUUUGCCUUUGAGUGAACGAGUUAGUACAGAUGGCAAGAGGAAAGUGGACACGAUCAAGAAGUUACAUGAACAGGUCCGGGCCAACAUUGAAGCCAAGACCGAGGGCUACAAACGACUUGCAGACAAGAAAAGGAAAGAAGUGAUCUUCCAGGAAGGUGAUCUUGUUUGGGUCCACUUGAGGAAGGAACGAUUCCCGGAACAAAGGAAGUCCAAACUCAUGCCCCGGGUCGAUGGUCCAUUCCAGAUUCUCAGGAAACUCCAUGACAAUGCUUACCAGCUUGAUCUUCAGGUGGCAACACCGGAGAAGAAGGCGUACCACCGGAUUCAAAAAUGCCUUUUUAGUGUGAUAAAGCUAGAGUGA